AUAUUUUUACAGCUGCACUAAGUUUAUCAAAAGUAAAAUAGGUGCGUAGUUGACGCUUGUUGGAAGAGUGAAAAUAAAAAUAUUACAAGAUAGUUUAAAAAAAUAUAAACAAAAACGCCGAAGGGUUUGCCGGGCCUCGGUUGCUCCGCACAUGCGCGGAAGAAACCGAUGGCUGUCAACACUGGUUCGCAGUUGGACGUUGCCGGUGAUAGGUUAUCAUGUCCCGUUAUGUAUCUGUUGUUUACAGGACAACAUGUUUAUUCACUCAUCCCGGAAAUUCGAAUUACCUCAUAAUACCGGAAUAGCUAUGCAAUAACUCUCGCUUAUCGGGAAUAUCAUGAGAAACAAACCGACGACGUACUUACCAGCCGUAUCGCCGUCCCUUUCGAGUUGGAUAAUCGUGAUUUUGUCACUUUGUUUUGUUAACAGUUAUGACGGGGACUUUGUUUUUGACGAUGCUGAAGCCAUUGUCAAGAACAACGAUGUGCGCGACACACCAUUGUGGGAAAUUUUUAAAAAUGACUUCUGGGGCACCAAAUUGUCCCAUAAUCAAAGCCACAAGUCCUACAGACCUUUCACUACCUUGAGUUUUAGAUUACAUUUCUGGUUGCGACAAGAUUUAGUCUCGCUAGAUUAUCAUGUAGUGAACAUAGUGUUGCACAGUGUGGUUUGUCUGUUAACUUUCCUUGUAUAUAAUGUAUUUUUGGGGCCUGAAGGACAGAAUGUCUCAUUCUAUGCCGCUGCCUUAUUUGCAGUUCAUCCAAUUCACACGGAAGCUGUGUCUGGAAUUGUAGGACGUGCCGAAUUAUUAUGUACAUUGUUCACUUGGCUGUCAGUUUUGUUGUACAAUCACGCGAUAUAUGCGAGGAAUUCGUUACGAAAAUGGACCGCUAUGCUCGGUUGUGCUGUUUGCGUAACCGUUGCGAUGUUAUGCAAGGAGACCGGUAUCACUGCCAUUGGCAUUUGCGCAAUGUAUGAUAUAGUUAUAGCGAACAAGAUAUAUCCAAUCGAUGUGAUUAACUUCCUCCUGUGCAAAAGUUCCGGCAAGUAUUGGAACGAUUUAGUCAAACACAGAGCCACGGUAUUGCGGCUCGCCGCGCUGCUUUUGAUCGCAAUAAUGCUCCUGUCGUUGAGACUCGGUGUCAUGGGGUUCUCCACUCCCACAUUCCUACCAGUGGACAACCCGGCAUCUUUCAUGGACAAUAUGCUUCUUCGUAUACUCAAUUAUAACUACAUCUAUUGUCUCAAUACAUGGUUACUCAUCUGUCCCGUAUGGCUUUGCUUCGACUGGUCAAUGGGUUGCGUACCCCUCAUCACCGGAUACGACCACAGAAUUUUCACAAUUGUGAUUUUCUGGAUGGUGUUCGGCGCGAUGAUCGCGUACACGUUUAUACCUCGUAAGGAUAAAUCUGCAAGAUACAUUACAAUGGGACUAACUAUACUGAUCAUUCCGUUUCUGCCAGCCAGUAAUAUCUUCUUCAGCGUUGGAUUCGUUCUGGCAGAAAGGAUACUGUACAUUCCUUCGGCAGGGUAUUGCCUGUUGGUUGUUAUCGGCUUACAAAGGUUCGCCGCCCAAUUUUCUCUGCCUAAGGCACCGUUAUUGGCAUACGCGAUGCUCAUUGUGUUGUUGUUCGCGCGUUCCUGGGUAAGAAGCAAUCAGUGGAGGAACGAGAAACUGCUGUUUCAAUCAGCAUUGAAUGUAUGCCCUUUGAAUGCAAAGGUACAUUAUAAUAUUGCGAAAAACGCGGCGGAUGCGGGAAACAUCGUGCUCGCUAAAUUGGAAUAUCAAGAAGCAUUACGGUUGAAUCCAAAGUACGUCCAAGCUAUGAACAAUCUUGGCAAUUUGCUCAAAGACAACGGACAGCUUCCAGAAGCCGUGAAUUUGUUUAAAGAAGCCAUCAUUUUGCAGAGAGACUUUGCUACAGUAUGGAUGAACUUGGGCAUAGUUCAAUCGGCACUAAAGCAGUAUGAGGAAUCAGAGGCGAGCUAUUUUACAGCUCUGCAAUAUCAGCCAAUUUAUCCGGCUUGUUAUUAUAAUCUAGGUGUAUUAUAUCUGGAACGAAAACAAUACGACAAAGCGCUGAAGGCUUGGGUGAAAGCAGCCAAACAAAAGCCCACGCAUAAACAAGUAUGGACGAAUAUGAUAUUAUUGUUGGAUGACUUAGAUAUGACAGAAAAAGCGUUGAAAACGGCGAACGAAGCUUUAAAAUUUAUCCCAAAUCAUGCUUCCGUCUAUUUCAACAUCGCCAACAUCUUGGGGAAGAAGGGAAGAUUUGAGGAGGCGGAAAUUCAGUUCAAGCUGGCAAUGUCGAAAAAUCCUACGGAUCCUAUGAUCUACGCAAACUUGGGCGUUUUGUAUCAUCGUUGGAAUAAACUGAAUGCGGCGGAAGAAAUGUACAAGAAGGCAUUGCAGCUGAAGACAGAUUUGCACAGUGCAAGAGAUAACUUACAAAAGUUAUACUCAUUGAAGGCGUCAAUAAAAUAAUGGUUUUUAAACAAGAUAAACACGUGUCGUGUAUUUUCUGUAUUAAACCAAGCUUGUAAUAAGUUUGUCAAUGUCGCGUGUUUACAGGAAGACUAUACGUAUUUUAAG